AUGCUUCCGGGUAUCUCAACAGAGGUAGUAGCAGGCUCUAAGAUGGCAGACUUGGUUAUUGCCGGUAGCGGUGUAAUCGGCCUCAGCGUCGCGUUCGAGCUCCUUCAGUCACCGGGCUUACAGCCGGCAAGAAUUCACAUCAUCGCUCAACACUUUCCCGGAGAAGAGCCGAUAAGUCAUGAAUUUACAUCGCCAUGGGCUGGCGCACACUUCAGACCAUUCCCUCAUCGUCCUGAAAGCUUCGGUGCAGAUAGAAGGGAAUCUGGGUAUACGAGAGUGACUUACAAGCGCAUGAAAACAAUAGCGGCAGAACAUCCGGAGUCUACGAUCGAGUUCAUGAAGGGAGCAGAUUACUUGGAGCAACCUCCCAGUGAAUAUGAUGGCAUGAGUCCAGGCUAUAAUAAAGAUAGUCUCGAAAACUUUCGAGAGAUCCCGAAAGGGGAGCUGCCUCCCAAUGUCAAGUCGGGAUUUGAAUACACCACUUACUGUCUCAAUGCUCCGGAGUAUCUCGGGUUCCUCCAAAGACAGGUGACAGCGCUCUGCAAAGCCAAAGGGGUAGAACUGUGUUUCAAGAGAAUGACUCUUCGCUCUUUGGCACAAGUUUAUGAGGUUGUUCCCAGCUGCGAUGUAAUUUUUAACUGCACAGGACUUGGGCUCCAAUUGGAUGGUAGCUAUGACCCUUCAUGCUUCGCAAUAAGAGGUCAAACUUUACUUUUGGAUGUUCCUCAUAAAACCAAAUUCGCGGCGGCAACAGUAACCCAUCAGGGUCGUGACGGCAAUUGGACAUUUGUGAUAAAGAGGCCUCCAGUUGGAGGCAAGCCUGCUCAGUAUAUUUUAGGCGGUACCAAGCAGCCGGGCGACAACUGUGUUACGCCACGUGACAUGGAUUCUCAUGCCAUAAUGGAAAGAGCCAGGGCGCUUUAUCCCGAGUUACUGUGUGAAUCUGAAUUCUCCGUAGCACGCGUGAAUGUUGGCUUCAGGCCUGCGCGAAAUGGAGGAAGCCGUGUGGAGCUGGAAAGCGCUUCGCCUGGUCCCGUUAUUCAUGCUUACGGCCUUGGCGGUAUGGGCUACGAAACCUCACUUGGUGUAGCAGAACACUGCUUACGCAUUUAUAGAGGUUUGAAAUGCCAACGGAGCAAAGCCAAGCUCUGA